GGUAAAUGAUUAUCGAAAACGAAAGAACAAUUCUACUUCCGGUUUCAUUUUCAGAAAAUAUCAAUGAAGAAGUAACAUAACAAAGGAUAUUCUGGAAACAUGAAUAGCGACUUGAAUAAAAAAGCAGAAGAAAGCCAGAAGACUGUAAAAAAUUUACUUUCACAACUAGCAGCAGCAACAAGUGAGGAUACCAAGAUAAAUAAGUUAUUCCAAGAAGCAAACAAACGACUACAAUCGGAAAAUGAGAAGAAGUGUAAUACAAUAAAAGAUCUUAAUGUAGAAGUUAGUAAACUUAAAAACAAAUUGAAAGAAACGAAAGAGCAAAAAGAAAACACUGAAAUAUUAGAAACAAAAAAGAAAUUACAGAACGCUGAACAGGCCAUUGAAAUUCUAAAAAGACAAGAAGAUGAUACAAAAAAGAAAUUACAGAACGCUGAACAGGACAUUGAAAUUCUAAAAAGACAAAAAGAUGAUACAAAAAAGAAAUUACAGAACGCUGAACAGGACAUUGAAAUUCUAAAAAGACAAAAAGAUGAUACAGAAAGAGAUUAUUUAGAAACAAUUCAAGAACUCGAAAACAAGCUGCCAGAGUCCUCUGUAGAUUGCAUUAUUGAUCAUCAUAAACAUUUAGAAGAUCAAGUAAAACAUUUAACUACAGAAAACAGUGAACUUAGAGACCAGGUAGAUACAUUGAUUAAAGAAAAAAUGAGUCUUCAGGAAAAUAUCAGUUCACUGGAACAGGAAAAAAACGCUUUCAAACAACAGAUUGAUAGUUGGAUUGCCAAGAAACACUCUACAGUCCAUAUUCAGAUGUAUGCUGCUGUUAACCGGGAGCUUUGUGAAAAGAUGAUGAAUGAAUUAGAAGACAUGCUGAGAACCCAAUUUGAAAUUAACCAGACUAUAAUAGAAGUGGAUAAGUACAAGAAUCCUCCCCCAGACAGUAGAGAUCCACUAAUAGUUAUAUGCAUUAAUGCAUCACGUCUUGGAACUGAUGUCAUCCAAGCUAUAAGCCAAGUAAAUCGAUCCCGAACUCAAGCUGUGGUUGUCUUACACCAUAAAGAAUACCAUGCCUUACCUAGACAACCAAGUGAGAAGUUACUGAUAGGAAGUGAUUAUAAACACAUUGGAGCUAUAGUGGAUAUUGCUUACCUAACAACUAGGGGAAUUUAUACGUGUGAUAUGAAUGAAAAAUCAUUAGAUAAACUUGUUAACUUUAUAAAGGUUAAUUCUCAGUCAAAGUGAAAUAUAUUCAAUAAAUAUAUAAUAAUGUA